ACCAAGAUGACUAAGAAAAUUGAAUACCAAGAAAAGUCAGAGGAUGAUGAUGAUUUGACAACAAAUACCAAGCCAAGUUACUUAACCCAUCCAAUAACGUUCAUUGUGUUGUUUAGCACAAUAAUAUUUCUCGAUUCAGCCACUUUGUAUGGGUACAUAGGCGGAGUUCUAACGACAAUUGAACGACGUUUUCAAAUAUCAAGCACUACUUCCGGAACAUUGUCCACACUCAAUAGCAUUUCGUCACUUUCAGUCUUAAUAUUUGUCUGUUAUUUUGGCGCAAAGCUGCAUAUACCACGUGUCUUAGGCGUCAGUGGAAUUACAGUUGGAAUUGGUUUACUGUUGAAUGCACUACCCCAUGUGAUUUUUGUGCCAUACCAACCUACAAGCGACAGUGGCUAUGGUUUCUAUGCGAGUGGCAUGAACAACACACUGAUGUGUUCCCCAGAGAACACAGAACAUUCAUGUACAGAACAGGAGACAAAUGAAGUUAAAUAUGGUCAACUAAUAGAUAUUUGGCCCAUCGCUCUAGGUCAGGUUAUAUUGGGAAUAGGCAAUGCAGCUCUGUACCCCCUUGGUAUAACCUAUUUGGAUGACUCGACAAAAGACAGGUCAACGACAGGAUUGUAUGUUGCAAUCAUCCUGUUUCUUGCGUCGGCUGGACCGUUUGCCGGAUUUAGUGUCACUGCAAAAGUGCUGGGAUAUCGCACAGAUUUUUACAAACAUGAUGAUACGAGCAUUCAAGCUGAUGGAAGUGGUUCAAUAGGGGCUUGGUGGCUUGGAUUCGUCAUAUUCGGUACACUUACUAUCGUUUUCAGUAUACCAUUAUUGUUCUUCCCACGAAAGCUGGCAGUUUGGGAAAGUUCGUGCAUGUCUCGAAUAAGACGAAAACCUACGGAUGAUGAUUUUGACGUUGCAGCAGCCUACAGAUCCUUACAACCUUCUGAAGAAAAGCAAGGAUUAAUAAUUUUGAUCAAAGAGUUCUUGGUAGCGUUAAAAAGAAUGGUAACGAAUCCAAUAACCAUGUCACUCAACCUCGGCAUUGCGGCGAGUGCAUCUAUUGGAGUUGGGCUUACGUACUUCUUUGCAAAGUACUUGGAAACGCAGUUCGAUCUACAUCCAACAAAGGCGGCAUUUUUUACUGGUGUAGUAUUUCUACCUGGUACUUUGAUUGGAGUCAUUCUUGGAGGAGCUAUAACAUCAGUUUUUCGGCUGAGGACUGCUGGAAUGUGUCGCUUGAUUAUUGUCCUAGCUUUUAUCGGUCUUAUAGUUUCAUCAGCUGGCAUAUUGGUCAAAUGUCCUCAGCGAAAGAUAGCCGGACUAACAACUGGUUACAAUAGCAUUACCCACAGGGAAAAUAAUUCGACCGUUGUUGCUAGUGGACCAUGCAAUGAAAACUGUUCGUGUCCAAGUAAUGUUUACCAACCGAUUUGUGGAUCCGAUGGUUUAACUACGUAUUUGUCGCCUUGUCACGCAGGUUGUAUUAUGGCGGUUGCUGAAUCGAACAUAACCAACGAUAGGAAUGUAUCUGCUUUUGACGAUUGCAGCUGCUUUUCAAGUGCAGAUAUGACUUCUGAAAAAAUGCCUAUAAAUGAAGCCUGUCCCAGGAACUGCAGUCAUGGUUUGAUGAUAUACAUGGUUGUUACAAUAGUUUGGAGCUUAUUGAGUUCUAUUUUAUACAAUCCAAUGUUCUUGCUUAUCAUGAGAACUGUUGAUAAGAACGACAGACCACUGGCAUUAGGAUGUUUUGGGCUGAUUAUGCGUGUCCUUGGUAUGAUACCUGCUCCCAUUUACUUUGGAGCUGUAAUCCAAUCAACUUGCCUUUUACGAUCCAGUGUAUGCGGUCAAGAGGGGGCGUGCUUGGUGUAUGAUACAGAUGCAUAUCGCCUGCGGUAUAUUGGCCUACAAAUCGGUCUAGAUGUCAUAUCAUUGUCUUUCUUCAUUAUUACAAUGUUCUUAAUAAAUCGGAAAAUAUCCGCAACCCAUUCUCCAUUGGAUACACGCAAUCCGGAUGACAUGGAUGACGUCACCACUGGUAUUUGAUUUAUCAAUGGAGGGUUACAAUAACAAAUUGGAAAUCCAUAUUUAUCAUUUUAUAUCGUAUUAUUGUUAUUAUGUAUUGUUUUUAUUGUUGGCCUUUUUACCUUUUUCUGUGUUUUGAAUUUACAAUAUUUUAAAUGUUUUAAAUAUAUGUAUGUAUGCUUUUAUCGAAGGCGCUAAAUGAUCAGUUCAUUUUGUAACUGGAUAGGUCACUCUCUUUAAAAAUGGUAAUAAAUAAAAUAAAUAAAUAUAGUUGUUAACAAGUUAAAAAUGAUGUUCUAUUUUGGGUAGUCAACCUAUGUUACGUUGAUACUGGUUCUCUCAUUUAAGAUAGCCCUACAUAGUGUAUGCAGUAUAAGAAAUGCAUUAUAGCAAAGAGUAUAGAAUUACAAGAGGUAUUUGGUAUGCACACAAUGAAACGUGAAAAAAGUGCUACGCAAGGUAAGUUAGGGGCGCUCUAUUAGCAUUCGAAUCAUUGGAAUAGAGUUAAUUCGAAAAUCAUCUUUUGAAAGACAGGCCCCUUCGUGGUAGUAGGCCCUGCGUUUUGAAAUGGAUUACGAUCCAACAAAACCACGAGAAUCGGACCUCUUACAGUUCUAUACUCUUAUGUUAGGCUUGUAGUUGUAGACCUAUUUUACCGAUAGUUAAUCCAAUAAAAGAUUCCUUCAACAUUUCUGUUUUCUGAGUUUCAUUUUUUCAAUUUCUGAAUUUUUCAGUUAUAUGAAAAUGUGUUUCUAUGAUUGAUUGAGAAUCAAUUCAUCACAUAAUUAGGCUCAUAGUUUGUUUUAUUGCUUUUAUAGUAACAAAAUGUUUUAUGCGCUCUAUAAAUAAAGCAGGUAUAUAUAAAAAUCGACAUACAGGGAUAUGAAUUGUUAUGACCAUAAUGUAAACGAUUAAAAUUAAUAUUUAUUUUAAUAUUAUUUUUAAUAAGGUUCAAAACAAUUUAUGGUUUUGUACAAAAAUUCUAAUAAUAAAUUCAUUGACAUUUUUGUCAAUAAUAUAUUCAUUGACUUUAUUGUCAAUUUAUCAUUUUAAUAAACAGGUUUGUGAUGUUA